ACGCCCUCUCUGCAGGAGGCAGCUUCAGCUGAAACAUCACGUCACUCGGUCCUGUGUUGAGGAUACAAACGCUUAAGAUCUUUUAGUAGUUGCGCAACAGUUCACACAGAAGAGAAGAGAAGUAUGGGAGUGGGAAGUAGUGAUAAUCUGCCCUGUUCUACUGAAGGUGUAAUAAUGGCAUCAGAAGAACUUCCUCUUCAAUGCUGAAGUCGCGUUUAUUUUUUACUUUUCACCAAAACCUGGGAAUAUAUCUGAGCGUGCUGUCAGGGGGUUUUUCGGACUGACUUUUUCCAGCAGGAAUGGCCACUGCAAGGCUCGAUUACGUUGCUCCGUGGUGGACAUACUGGCUGCACAAUUUCCCCCACUUCAAUUUCUUUUUCCAGUCGGGCGACAACACUUUCAGACCGGAGGAGGCGAGCUAUCAGCAGUCUCUGAUAUUUCUAGCAUGUGUUGGUGCAGUGGGUCUGGUUCUGAGCCUGCUGGUUCUGGCAGUAUGCCUGGUCUGCCUGUGUUGCUGCCGCAGGGAAAUAGAUGAAGACACCAAAAGGCCUGAUACCUGCUGUCUCACCUGGUCUGCUGUCAUCACAGGUCUUAUUAUAUGUUCUGCUGUUGGAGUGGGUUUCUAUGGAAACAGUGAGACCAACGAUGGGGUGUACCAGCUGACCUACUCGCUCUACAACGCCAAUCACACGUUAUCUGGCAUCAACAAUCUGGUUGAAGGAUCUCUGGGCGAUGUUAAAACUGGGCUGAAGCAGCACCUGGAACGCCUGGAUGAAAUCUUCGCCGCGCGGCCCGAGUACCUCCAAGCUCUGCGCUUCAUGCAGCUGAUGAUCAACAACGUCAUCCGCGAGAUGACCACUCUGCCGGAUAUCAACAAAGCCAAUGUUGACUUGGGAGCCAUCGCUGACCAAACAGCCUUGGUUGAGUAUUACAGGUGGCUGACCUAUCUGCUGCUGCUGAUCCUGGAUCUGGUCAUCUGCUUGGCCAUGUGCUUGGGGAUGGCCAAGCAGUCUCGAUGGCUGAUCAUCAUGAUCAUGGCUUUUGUGGUGCUGUCUAUGAUCUUAAGCUGGGCCUCACUGGGAGCGGGCACUGCUACAGCUGUGGGCACCAGUGACUUUUGUGUGUCUCCAGACAAGUUUAUAGUCAACCAAACCAAGGAUUUCCUCAGCGCAGAUGUUGCACACUAUUAUUUGUUCUGCAGCCCGAAUCUUCCAAACCCCUUCCAACAGUCUUUAACAAUCUGCCAGCGUUCUCUGACCACCAUGCAAAUCCAGAUCCAGGGCUUGCUGCAGUUCUCGGUGCCCAUCUUUCCCACCGCUGAGAGAGACCUUUUGGGGAUCCAGCGACUGCUGAACUCCUCUGAGUUCAGUCUACACCAGCUAACAGCCUUGCUCGACUGCCGCGGGCUACAUAAGGACUACCUGGAUGCCCUAAUGGGUGUGUGCUAUGAUGGGGUGGAAGGGCUCCUCUACCUCUCUUUGUUUUCUCUGCUGGCUGCCUGCGCACUCUCUGCCAUGCUGUGUGCGAUUUUCAGAGUGUGGACACUAAUGGGCAGCAGGGACAAAGAGUAUGACGACAUAGACGAAGAGGACCCGUUCAACCCCCAAGCGCGGCGGCUAUCCUACAACCCCAGAAGGUCCAACAUCCACAGUUUCUGCAGCUAUACCAGCAGCCUCGGUAGCGAGGCCAGCCUUCAUCCACCUCCGCUAUCUGCCUCUAAUGUUGUGCCGCCUCCCGAGUACAUGAAUCAGUCCAUGCUGUUCGGAGGGAGUCCUCGAUACGAGAACGUGCCGCUGAUAGGGAGAGGAUCCCCGCCUCCCUCGUACUCGCCCAGUAUGAGGACCACCUAUCUAUCUAUGACUGACGCCCAGAUCAGACACUUUGGGACUGACUUCCAGGUGUAGCCUGCUGCUUCCUACUGACUCCUUUUCAGAGAAGCACUGUCUGAGACUCUGGGUUCUUACCAAGGAGGCUGUCUUCAUGGCGUAAUCUUGUUUUACGGGAGCUGCAGCCCGCUGUCCCAAUCUGAGACAUGAAAGAAGGCCAUAUGAGGCUAUUACCUCAGUAACACACCAGUGCAGUGCUCUGAAAGCCCUGCAUGCAGUUUUGAACAGAGACGGCCUGCACGGGUUCAUCCCGAGACUGUUGUUGAUGUUGUCAUGAUGUAUGGAAACACUGUUGCUCCAAUAUAAGAAUUUCUAUGAGACAAAUAGAGAGCGCUUGAACUGAUUGGAUCGAAAACUGUUUUUUACUUUUUUCCUGUAUUCUGGGGGCCUGCAUGGAUAUGAUCAUGAUAUGAUAUGAUGUGAAGUGGGAUGGCUGAAUAUGACCCAUAGACAAUCCAUCAUGGGCAUUUCGAUUUUUUGCAAAAAAUCCCAACUCUUUGAGAGUAAUGCAAUUCUUUCAUAUUUUAGGCCUUUGUGUCAUUUUUAAUGGUGCCAUGUGAAAUGAAACACCAAAUUUUCAACCUUUCUAAAUAAUGACAAAAAAUGAAAACCAUACCAGAUAUUGCGGUUUGUUAUGAAGAGCCAAAGAUGCAACUAAGUUGAUAUUUGUGAUUAUUUUUCUCUUUCUAGGUAACUGCCACAGGGUUAAGCAUCUCGUCAUUCUGUAUUUAAUGUAUGACCAGCUGAUCAGGGAUGAGUCAAAUAGUCGUAGCUGAGGGGUUUCUUAUUGUUUUGCUACAUCUGCAGACCAUAAAGCAGUUGCAUGUGGGUAAAUCCCCCUGGACUAAAUAAACGCAACAGAUUGGGAUUUAACUCACUUCCAGGCAUUUUCCAGGCAGGAAAUUUAAAGUUUGUUCACAGAUCCAUCUCUGUAUGUUAUGAAUGAAAGAUCAUUCUUUUAAGUGUUGGAGAAAUCUGCUGUAUGCUGUUUUCUAUGUUGGAUAACGUAUCAAACUGAAAUAACGUUUGAAUGCUGUACUGAAUUGUAUUCUGUCUCCACUCCAUAAAACAUCUUACAAAUAACUUUAAGAGAGAUGUUAGCAAUGACAGCUAUGUCUUGAAUGGUACACAACAUUAAAGAGUAACACCGGGCU